AUGUCCAUGUCCUCGGGCGGCCUGGUCAGCGGCCUGAGCGGCCUUGCAAAGACGACCACUUUUCAAUGGUACGGCUGGGCCGGGUCUCGAGGUGCCAGAGGACGAGAUCAAGCAGCUCUCGGGCCAGCUGAAGGACGAGUACAACGCGGUCCCCGUCAUGCUCGACGACGAGCUUGCGGACCAGACACUACAACGGCUUCUCAAGUGAGACCACCCCACCAUAGCGUGAUAUGCUUCUGUUCCUCAUACUCUCAUACUAAUCGGCAGAUGCCAUCAUGUGGCCGCUUUUCCACUACCACCCCUGGUGAGAUCACAUCCGACGAGUCCGCGUGGGAGGCAUACACGCAGGCGAACCGGCUCUUCGCGCAGGCAGUCGCCAGGGACGUCCAGGACAACGACAUGGUCUGGGUGCACGACUACCACCUGAUGCUCAUGCCGCAGAUGCUGCGCGAGGAGAUUGGCAACACCAAGAAGAAUGUCAAGAUUGGCUUCUUCCUGCACACGCCGUUUCCCAGCUCGGAGAUCUACCGCAUUCUCCCGGUGCGCAACGAGAUCCUCCGUGGCGUGCUCGACUGCGACCUGAUCGGCUUCCACACAUACGACUAUGCGCGCCACUUCCUCAGCAGUUGUUCGCGCAUCCUGGGCCUUGCGACAACACCGAACGGCGUCGAAUACAAGGGAAGGCACAUUACGGUUGGCGCCUUCCCAAUCGGUAUCGACCCGGAGAAGUUCGACGAGGGCUUGAAGAAGCCCAAGGUGCAGGAGCGCAUCGCCGCUCUUGAAAAGAAAUUUCAGGGCGUCAAGCUCAUCGUCGGUGUUGACCGUUUGGACUACAUCAAGGGUGUGCCUCAGAAGCUACACGCGCUUGAGGUCUUCUUGACCGAGCACCCAGAAUGGAUCGGCAAGGUCGUGCUCGUCCAGGUGGCAGUACCGUCAAGACAAGACGUCGAAGAGUACCAGAACCUCCGCGCUGUCGUCAACGAGCUCGUCGGUCGCAUCAACGGCAAGUUCGGCACCGUUGAAUUCAUGCCGAUCCACUUCAUGCACAAGUCGGUAUCCUUCGACGAGCUCAUCGCCUUGUACUCGGUGUCAGAUGUAUGCCUUGUCUCCUCAACGCGCGACGGCAUGAACUUGGUUUCCUACGAGUACAUUGCGACUCAGGAGAAGCGACACGGCGUCAUGAUCUUGUCAGAAUUCACGGGUGCAGCCCAAAGCCUUAAUGGGAGCUUGGUAGUCAACCCGUGGAACACUGAAGAACUGGCAGACUCGAUUCAUGAGGCAGUCACCAUGGGCGAUGAGCAGCGAUCUUUGAACUACCAGAAACUGUCCAAAUACGUGCGGAAGUACACCAGUGCCUGGUGGGGCGAGUCCUUUGUCACUGAGCUCAGAAGAAUCUCGGCGACAUUAGAUCGCAAAGUUCAGUUCGCAUCAAAACCAGCCUCGGACACGAAGCCUGAGGAUAUUGGCGCCGCUCUUCCCAAGCAGGGGGAGAGCCUUACCACCAAGGACAAGGAAUCAGACCCCGCAGCCGCUGUUGAGGACAACAAGGAGUCCGCGGCCAUAGAACUGCCCAUCCAGCCCAAGAAGUCUGCCACGCAGUAGAGCAGCUCCCUUGCCGUUCUCCUCCUCAGUCACCUCAAUCUUCCAACUUUUAAAAAUCGACCAAACAUAACGACCCUCAGCAUGACACGGUAGUCCGGCGCGAUGGUUCUGCUUGGCUAGAUGGAUAUGUUUUUCACGAGUACCCCAGCCGUAUCCAUCUCUAGUGCGAUUCGACAUAGAUCUCACACUGCUCCCUGUAGAUGAAAAUGCAGCAUUCAGAUACCCCUUA